CCAAAACGCCAUGUAUUCAGUAUAAAAAGUAGUGGAAGAGUGGACGGUGAAGUAUUAAACCCUCUGCAGAGCUGUUGGGCAGUACUCCACAGGAAAACGCGAUCAAAGAAUGAAGUCCUUCAUUGUUUUGUGCUUAUUCGGUCUGGCUGCGGUGGCCAUAGCCAGGCCAGACGGGAGCACCUACACCGACAGAUACGACAAUAUCAACUUGGAUGAGAUCCUUGGAAACCGUCGUCUCCUGACUCCUUACAUCAAGUGCAUCCUCGAAGAGGGCAAGUGCACUCCUGACGGCAAGGAACUGAAAUCUCACAUCAGAGAGGCCUUGGAACAGAACUGUGCUAAAUGUACCGACGCCCAGCGCAACGGAACUCGUAGAGUAUUGGGCCACCUCAUCAACAAUGAAGAGGAAUCCUGGAACCGUCUUAAGGCCAAAUACGACCCUCAGUCCAAAUACACUGUCAAAUACGAACUGGAACUCAGAAAACUGAAGCAAUAAAUUAUUUUUUAGUAUUUAAGGAUUAAAAGUAGUUAGUUAACUUUUUUCGAUUAAGUGAUAAAAUUAGAACAAAUCCUAUUAGGACUGAUAACGCACUUAGCUUAUUCAUAUCAACAUUCCAAAAUGUAUAAAACCUCUUUUGAUAAUUGACAGUGAUAUCGACGUAUAAAACUUUGAC